AGAAUGCGUUAUAGGUAUUGGAUUAUUAUUGUUUUUGUUAUCGGCUUGUUUAUUAAAUGUAUUAUUAAACAUAUAUAGAUUAUUGAUCUACAUACUAUAGCCUGUAGUACCUAUACGGUCAGUAUGCCUAUAACAUCGAUAUUGACUAUUUCAAAAUUUAAGAUUUAGUGUUGUCAUUUGAAACCUCUUGUAUGAAAUAGAUAUGUACCGAUCAAUUCAGUGAAUGUAGAGUCAUUUUCUAUGCAUAAAAAUAUUCCGUCGGACAAUAUAGAUUCAAUUUCACUACUAAAAAUUUAGAAAAAUACAUGAUAGAAACUAAUAAAUCAGCAAAAUGAGUGCAGCUAUAAAAUCCAAAACUGUUUUUAAAGUUGUACCUAUCAUUAAAAAUGACGAAAUUACCGUGAUUGAGUUUUUGCGAAAAUUCUUUGACCGAGAUGAACCUCUGAAUGCAGCUUUAAAUUUAAGAAAAAAGGAAGACAAGGAAUCUAAGGAAGACGUCGCUAUUAGAAAAUAUAUAAUUGGAUUAAUCAAUAAUGAAUUUAAAUACUCAAAUCUUAGAAAAAUGAGUGAGGUCAACAAAUUCAUUCAUAAUAUUGUCCCAACUACUGCUGAAGAUAAACAAGUUGUCAUUGAAUUUUUAAGAAAAUUUUUCUUCCGAGAUGAGCCUCUUAUUUUGGGUAUAAAUAUGCUGGAUGAUAAUGAUUCUUUAGCAAAACUUGAAAAAUACUGUUUUAAUUUUGUGGAUAAUGGUUUGGCGUUUAAAGCAGUAUCUCCUAAUGGAGAUUUAAUAGGUGUGGUCCUAAACAAUCUGACAUACAGAGUGGACCGUGAAAAAAAUAACGAAAACGAAGAAGAUACCAAAGAUAACACCAAAUUUAAUAUUAUUACGGAAUUUUUAGAUAAAGUCGAGCGAGAAGCAGAUGUUUUCCAAAAAUUUCCAAAUGUAGAUCGUGUAAUGGAUAUAAAAAUAAUUUCUGUGGAUGAAUCAUUUAGAGGCCAAGGAGUAUGCAAAGCUCUAAUUGAUAAAACAAUAGAGAUAGCGUUGGAAAAUGAAUGUCCAAUGGUUUAUGUAGAGUGCAGCAGUUAUUUUUCAGCUAAAGCGGCAGAGAGACUUGGUUUUGAGUGCAUAUAUACUUUGUAUUUUCGAGACUAUUUGGAUAAAAAUGGUGAAGUAGUUUUUAAAACUCCUCCUCCUCACGAUUCUUCAAAGGUAUAUGUAUUACAUUUAUAAGAAAUGAGAAUUGUACUACAGCGGCACAUCUCAUCCUUAUAUAGGUAAACAUUUCAAUUUUCUCCCGAUAAUUAAUAAAUACUAAAAUACUAAAUAGUAUAAAAUUGUUCAAGCUUUUCGUGUAUACCUAUGACUACUAUUAUUAAAAAUAUACAUACAAAAUAUAAAAUAGUAAAAUUAUAAUAAAUGGUAUACGAUGUACCUACAUUUGAAAUAGUUGAAAUAAUGAAAUAUUAAUCUAUAUGAAGUUUUAUUAUUAUUUAUAAGACUAUAUUAUUAUAAAAAAUUGUUUUUAAUUAUUAUUAAUAAUAACUGCGGCCAUUGGCUACAAGAAAUUUAACAUAAUUAUUACAUUAUGGAAUAAAUUGUUAUACUAAGUUGAAACUUAUAAUUAUAAUGAUAGAAAAAAUAAUACAUAUAAAAUUAAUAAUAAUACAUUAUGGAUGAAUACAUUAUACAUUUAUAAAACAUAUUGUAUGGAUACAUUUCUCAAUUUUAUAAUAAACUUAUAGUAUGGUUUAUUUAUAUAUAUAUAUAUAAUAUAAAAUAUACCUGACUAUUAUAUUCUAUAUACGAGUAAUAUUAUUAAAAUAUAAUUCUACCUAAGUGUAAAACCAAAUAGAGCGUCUUAACUCUUAGUAUAGUAUAAAAAAUCUCAUUGUAUUAUACUGUUACUUAUGUAUAAUAAAAUAUUAUAUUAUAGAGGUAAGUCUAUAUACAAUAUCACAUUAUAUAUUAUAUUGUCACUUAUCAGUUGUCAUACCUUAAUAUGAUUAAAAUUCUGAAGUUAUAUACACCCAAAAUUCUAAUCCUUUAGCAAAAUUUUAAAUACACUAUAUACAUAUAUAUACACCUAUAUAGUAAUUAUAAUAGUUACUUACUAUCUAUUUAUAAUGCAUAACAAUAAUAGGUAGAUUUUAGCAUAUUGUUAUUUUUAAGCUUUGUAAUAAUUUAGAAUUUAUAUUUAAAUUAUAUUAUUGCUUUUAUAAAAAUAUGUAAACAUAUGCUGUAUAAUCAAAAUAUAAUGUAUACACACAAUUUAUAAAUAAAAACUGUGAAUUAUGGA